CUGUUGUCUUUCUCAGAAGCCUGUAGGACUCGGCGAAAGAGUGAAUCGCAUGAGCGAAGCCAGAUACCGAUCACCAUGAUAGUGUGGCCAACAGAUCACAACAUUUCCAAUUACUUGAGAAACUGUCGUUUUCUCUUUCAACAGUAUCAAACAAAGCGGGAGAUUGAUCAUUCAACUAUCGUUCAAUUCUUACUCCACUCCUGAUCUGCAAAUCAAUACAUGCUUCAUGAAUCAGGUUGAUACCCUGUAAUUUGUGCUUUGUCAGUGGAAAUAUAGCAUUUAAGAACAAGAGGAAGGAUCGUUAUCUUGUAAAUCUUGAAUGAACUCUGAUGUUUACUCUCAAUGGGAGACUCAUACAGAAAUUUUACUUUAAGGAGCACUAAGAUGCCAAAAAGAUGUCUGGGGUCAUCCGCCACUGCUUCUUCUACUGCAACAUCUAUGCCUAUCACAUUGAAACCUAAAUAUAGGAGAGCAUCGCCUGUUGGUAAUGCAGCAUUAUUUGUGGUCAAGGUAGUUGCACUAGAGGCAGUGCGUAGAUUCUCGAGGGCUAGAUGUCCUUUCUUGUGGUGUGGUAUCCAGGCUUUGCAGGUUCUUUGUGUUCCACCUGUCAAAUGGAUACAAAAAUGGGCUCCUUUAAAGUGUCUGAUCAAUGGGGUGCAGACAUUAUCCAGGCCACUGUUAGUGCUUUCCAUUGCUACUGCAUUCUUUGAUCAUUCUGAGAGUCAAAAUAUUGAUUCAGAUGCUAGAGAUGGUUCACACGUGACUGAUCAGCAGGCUUCUUCAGAAUUGCAGGCAGAAUCACAGAGUCUACAAGAUACUCCAACUGCAAGGUAUGUAAAAUGGACUUUAAAAUGUGAAAUAGUUACUGAUGGAGACUUGUUCUGGAGAAAGAGUUCAGAAUGUCAUUGACAAUUUCAAGCAUCUGAGACUGCUUUAUUUUAUUUUUUAUUUGGAAAAAAAGAUCAAUAUCCCUUGAACUUGCAGCUAGAGUUCAACUAAUCCCUCUAGACUUUU